AUGAAGUUCUCCGCAAUCUGUCUUGCAGUCACCUUGUUCGUUGCUUCAGCUGUUGCUGAACCUUACUACUACUACAAACGUGAUGCCGAGGCAUCUCCCUACUACUAUUACAAGCGUGACGCCGAGGCAUCUCCCUAUUACUACUACAAACGCAACGCCCAAGAAGAGAAGCGUGAUGCCCAAGGCGUCUACAUCCAAGAGGAGAAGCGUGAUGCCGAACCAUAUUAUUACUACAAACGCCAAGAAGAGAAGCGUAAUCCCCAAGAUUUUUGGAAGCGUAACCCCCAAGAUUUAUGGAAGCGUGAUGCCGAACCAUACUACUACUACAAGCGAGAAGCCUAA